AUGUCGCAAAAUAGACAUGCCAUGGGUCGAUGUGAACGAGUAUCGUGGGCGCAAGAGGCAAGCGAUUAUCGCCACGCACCCGUUCGACGACUUGCGUCGUCGUCGCCAACCUCGAACCACUUCAUCACAGAAAGCCCGACGACGAAAACGACGACGACGACACAACCCGACGCCGAUGCUGACGGCGCUCAAGCUGCCCAAGAUGGCUUCCCGCCCUUCACCCUCGCGGUCAAGGACAACAUCGCCACGCUGAACGAGCCGACGACGUGCGCCUCGGCCGGCCUGCGCAACUACACCUCCCCCUUCGAGGCCACCGUGGUCGCGCAGCUGCGCCGCCGCGGCGCCGUGCUCGUCGGCAAGACCAACCUCGACGAGUUCGGCAUGGGCUCGCACAGCGCCAACUCGGCCGUCCCUAGCCCCGGCCGGCCCGUGCCCGGCUUCCCGGACCCGGCGCGCUCGCCGGGCGGGAGCUCGGGCGGUAGCGCGGUCGCCGUGGCGAGGGGCGACGCCGACGUCGCGCUGGGGACCGACACGGGCGGCAGCGUGCGGCUGCCCGCGGCCUACACGGGCACCGUGGGCUUCAAGCCCAGCUACGGCAUGGUGUCGCGCUUCGGCGUCGUGCCGUACGCCAACAGCCUCGACACGGUCGGCCUGCUGGCCAGGGAUGUCGGUCAGAUCUCGCGGCUGCUGGUCCGGGGCGGCAUGUGGCGCGAGAACGACCCCAACGACCCUACCAGCCUGUCCGACAGCACGAGGAAGCGGUGCGCCGCUGUCAGAGAAGGAUACAGCGCUGCGGGUGCUACCUCGGAGCCAUCAUCAGGGGCGGCGCUGACCAGCUUCAAGCGCCUGACCUUCGGCGUCCCGCUAGAGUACAACAUCGAGGAGCUCAGCCCCCUCGUCAAAGCGGCAUGGCAGACCACCCUAGACCAGCUGCGACGCCUCGGCGCGCGCGUCGUCCCCGUCGCCCUGCCGACGACCAGGCACGCCCUCUCGGCGUACUACGUCAUCGCCCCGGCCGAGGCGUCCUCCAACCUCGCCAAGUACGACGGCGUGCGCUACGGCUCGCGCGACCCCUCGGGCGCCGCCGACGGCGCCGGGGACGUGCUCUACUCGGCCGCGCGCGGCGCCGGGUUCGGCGACGAGGUCAGGCGGCGCAUCCUGCUCGGCUCGUACACGCUGAGCUCCGAGGCCAUCGACAACUACUUCAUCCAGGCGCAGAGGGUGCGGCGCCUCGUGCGGCGCGACUUUGACCGCGCCUUCUGCCUGGGCAACCCGCUGCUGGACGGCGGCGGCGGCGAGGAGGGGGGGCAGCAGCAGCAGUUCGACCUGACGGACCUGCCCGAGGGCGUGGCGCUGGACGACAAGCGCGGCCCGCCGCAGGUCGACUUCCUCGUGUGCCCGACCGCGCCGACGCCGCCGCCGACGGCGGACGAGGUCCGGAGGGCGACGCCGCUGGACGCCUACAUGAACGACGUGUUUACGGUGCCGGCUAGCCUGGCCGGCCUGCCGGCGAUUAGCGUCCCGAUGCCCGGCAGGGAGUCAGAGUUGCCUAUCGGCAUGCAGCUCAUCGGGCAGUUCUGGGAUGAUGCGCGGCUGCUGGACACGGCGCAGACACUUGUGCAGGCGAUGAAGGGAUAA